GUUCACAAACAGGUUUACUUGGUCUAUUGGGUAAUUAUAUUAAUGAAGAUAAUGUUGAUUUAAUUAAUCAAGCAUUAAUUACAUUAACUGAAUAUUGUCAAGGACCAUGUCAUGAUAAUCAAGAUGCAAUUGUUAAUCAUGAAUCAAAUGGUAUUGAUAUAAUUAUUGCUAUUGUUUUAAAUGAUAUAACGCCAUUAAAUCAAAAAAAUUAUGAUCUUGUACUUGAAUUAAAAGAUAAUGCAUCAAAAUUACUUUUAGCUGUAAUGGAAAGUCGUGAUGAUAGUACAAAUGCAGAACGUAUUCUUAGAAAUAUUACACCUGUUUCACAAUUACUUGAUGUUGGUUGUCAAAUUUAUGCUCGUGGUAAACAACAAGAUAUUGAAAGUAAAGAAAUUGAAAAUGAUGAAGAAGUAAAUGAUAAUACUAAUAAUGUUGCACAAACUGUCGGUCAUAAUAUGUAUAUUCUUACAUAUCAACUUGCUCGUCAUAAUCGUGAACUUGAAAUGUUAAUGAAACAUCGAACAUUAAAUGAUGAAGCUUUAUCUUAUUAUCAUAAACAUACAUCUGAAAUUGAAAUUAUUCGACAUGAUCGAUCAAUAGAACCAAUUGUAUUUCCUGUUCCACAAUUAUGUGAAUUUUUAACAAAUGAAAAAAAACAAAAAGUUUUUUUAACAUGUGAACAAGAUGAACAAGGUUCUAAAGUAAAAGAUUUUUUUGAAAAAUUUUCGGAAAUAUUUGAAGAAAUGAAAUGGCAAAGAAAAUUACGACAUCAACCAACAUUAUAUUGGUUUUCAUCGCAAAUGUCAUUAUGGAGUGAUAUAGCAUUUAAUUUUGCUGUUUUAAUUAAUGUUCUUGUUGCUGUUUUUUAUCCAUUUAAUAAAGGUCUUAAGGAUCUUGAUUCUCGUGCAUCAGUAGCUAUUUGGAGUUCAUUAUUAAUUACUUUAAUUGCUAUUUUAAUUAAACCAAAUGCUACAUCAAUACGUAUGUUUUUUGUUGCGGGCAUUUUAAGAUCAAUUUAUUCAGUCGGUCUUGGACCAACUUUAUGGUUAAUGGGAGCAAUACAAGUAUUAAAUAAAGGAAUAUUUUUAGUUAGUUUUAUGGGAAAUAAUGGAACAUUUUCAAAAUCACGUUAUGAAAAUUUAACUAAUUUUCAACUUGUUUAUCAUGUUGGAUAUAUAAUGCUUUGUAUACUUGGAUUAUGUGCUCAUGAAUUUUUCUAUAGUCUAUUAUUGCUUGAUGUUGUCUAUCGUGAAGAUACUUUGUGGAAUGUCAUUCAAUGUGUUGUACGCAAUGCUAAAUCUGUUAUAUUAACAGCUGUAUUUGCUGUUAUUAUUAUUUAUUUAUUUGCUAUAUGUGGUUAUUUAUUUAUCCAAGAUGAUUUUCUUAUGGAAGUACAAGAAAAACCACUUGCAAUUGAUGAUCAAAGUGUAAACAUUACAUUAAAUAAUAAAACUGAUAUUUUAUCUGCAAUCAUUCCAACCAUUAAUGAUAAUGAAUAUUGUACUAAAGAUAAUUGUACUAAUGGUACAAUAAUUGAUCAUAUUCGUAAUGUUACUCAAGCAUCAACUGUAUUAUCAGAAGAAGAAGCAGAAAAUGAACAAGUUGAACGUGCUUGUGAUACAUUAUUUAUGUGUAUUGUAACAACACUCAAUAAAGGAUUACGAAAUGGUGGUGGUAUUGGCGAUGUAUUAAGGCAGCCUUCGAGUCGCGUAAGUCAAACUUUUUCUUAUAUGAUUUAG